AUGGCAGUCGGACGAGAGGUCCCUGUGGGGGUGUCGCCAUGGACCCACAACGUGAAAUGCGGGAUGCUGGUGACGUGUCUCUAUAGCAUGGGCACCGGGCUCUACCAGAUGACCGUGUUGCCCUCUUUCAUCCUGCUGGUGGGCGGCAACAACUUCGACGUGGGCUUCGCAGAAGGCCUGCAGGGCAUGACGAAUCUGAUCAGCGCCCUGCCGGCUGGCUACGUGGCCGACAAGUGGUCCCGCAAAGCCUGCAUCAGGAUUGGAUGCUGCUUCACGCUACUCAGCGCCUCCUGCAUCAUUGUGGCCGUGCUGUUCGCCAAGCCGAACGCUUCGCUGCCCUUUGCCAUGCUCUGCGCUUCGCUGGGGCUGCAGGGCAUCUCCGAUGGCAUCAUCAACGGGCCCUUGGUGGCGCUUAUGGAUGAUUCCUGCCCCACGGGCCGGCGCAGCGAUGUGGAGACAGCCAACUCCAUGGUCUAUGCCCUGUCCGCCUCCGUGGGCCCACUGCUGGGGCUCAUCGUCUUCGUUUUUUCGGGGGACAGCUGGACCCUGGCCUCCAUGCAGCGGGUGAUCGCGCUGGGCAUCGCCAUCACGCUGUCCGCGAUGAUCCCCGCCUGCUACAUGGACGACAGGUACUCCCUGGGCGAGGUCAGCGAGGCCGUGCAUCUGCAGCAGCCCUUGACCGGGGGAAGCCCUCAGGAAGGCGAGCGGCGCAAGAAGACCAGUUGUUUCGGCUUGAUCACAGUCCCGCGGGUGCGCUUGGUCAUGUUCUGCAUUGAGAUGAUCCUUACCACUGGCGCGGGCAUGACAGUGAAGUUCUUCCCCGUGUUCUUCAAGGAGGAGGGCCAUAUCCGGCCUGUUGUGCUGCAAGGCGUGUUCGCCUCUCUGCAAUUGCUCACGGGAGUGAACACCUUCGUGAACAACCGCCUCGCCAAGUGCUGUGGCAGGCUGCAGGUGAUCAUUUGCUGCUACGUGGUCGGUAUCUCCUGCACAAGCCUUCUGGGCCUGCUGAAGAGCUACUACACAAUACCAGGAGUCAUGCUGCCCAUCUUUAUGAUGCGGUGCACGAUGCAGUGGAGCUGCGGCGCUCUGAUGGGGUCCAUCAUAGCGGACUACACGCCCAAGGCGUCCCGGGGUCGCUGGAAAGCGCUGGGCUCUGUCACGGCCAUGAGCCUCUCGGAUGGGGAGCUGGCUUGA